GGUGUGUGAUUGGUCAGCGGUAAGGACGUCUGACAGGCGGAAAAGUAUUUUAAACUGCUGCGGGUAGAUCAAAGAUCAGAACACAGCGAGCCGAGCCCAGCCGAACCGAACCGACGCGAGCCGAGGGUCGUUUACCAAGAGGAAGAGGCGCGAGGAUGAAUCUGCCAACUGUGCGACAACUUUUUCUUUUGUGUUUAUUCGGUAUUUUUGGAUGUUUGAACACAGGGGCCAGCCGAUUCGAUCAGUGGGAGGAUGAGAGGGCGCUACGACAGGUGGUGCGAGGGAUCCAGACUGAGGAUUUAAGCAACAUGCUGUGGAGAGACCAGAAUCAAGAACAAGUCCAGAACAUUUUCAAAAGAUUUCUGUUUCACUACUCCAAAGCACGCAACUCUGUUGGAGCUGUUCAGCAAGAGUCUCACUCAGUUCACCCACUGAUGCGACUUUCACCCAAACUGUCCCAGAGGAGAAAGAAGAAGGUUCUGCUUGUGGUGAGGAAACACAGUCUUUGUGUUUUAAAUGUGUUAAAAUCAGACAAAACGUUCAUGGAAACGUAAUGGAACUGUCCUGAUAGUAUUUUAAAGUUUGUUUUUACAUAAAAGUUUUAAAAUGUCCUAACUUACUUCCCUGAAUGGCCUCAGUUUGGAGAAAUAGUUGAAGUCCUACAGGACUGAUGAGCUAACGGCUAGUUUGAGUGUAGUUUAGACUAGUCUGUGGUCCGCCUCAAUCUUAAUGUCAAAGCGGUUCACGCAACAUCAUUUUAUAAACCUUUACUUUUAUCAUUAACACGAAAUUACCUGCAGCAUAACUGCUGUUAAUCCAGGGACAAAGUCCAGUGAUGGUACAACUACAUGAUGUUUUAAAGGGACUUUACGGAGUUUUGAAUUUUUUUGCUGAGGCCAAAAGCUCCAGCACACUAGACUCAAGCCUGGUUUAUGCUUCUCCGUCAGCUCCGCAAGGGACAGACACGCACGGAUUGACGGAAGCGUUUUGCUCUCAUACGUCUCUGUCUCCUGGAGAGUGUUGCAAAGCAAUUGCCCGGCAGGACAACAGAGGGCGUAGCGCUGUUCUGUGGUAUCCUGUCAUAGCCUAGUGAACUAGACCAAAUUCUUGCAUUGCAAAGAAUGUCUAGGCAUGCUCCAUUGGAACCUCAGCAGCUCCUACCAGGACUCUGGCUAGCCAAUCACAGCUCUCUAGAGGGGUUUCAAACACAUAAAGAGCUGUGAUUGGUCCAUAAUGGUGGGCCAAUCAUAGUGCUCUAUCUGCUUAGUGAACAAAUCACAGAGCUUUAUCCGCUUUGUGGGCCAAUCAGGGCACUCUAUAUGCCUGGUGGGUGGGAUGAUGCAACAGAGUGAAACAAGAGUAUGUCACAUUCAUUGUCCAGUGGAAUGCGGAGAUCAUUUGAAAGACAACGGUAGAACCCGCCCCACAACCGAGAGCCGUCAAUGGAGCGUGGCCAGACUAAAAAUUACAUUUAUUUAGUCUGGCUUGCCAGGCUAAUCCUGUCAUGUAUCGGUCCAAGAUCGUGUUUAUAUUGUGUUUUUUGUGUAUAUGAGACUUAACACGGACAUAUUUGUCUCUCAUUCUCCUACCUCUUCAUGCGCUCCCCACCUCUAAACCCACGUUUCCUGUCAUUUCCAUCCACAAAUAAAAUGCUUGCUGCGCAUCUUUCCACUCCUCCAGUCACGGGGAAUUUUAAGAGUUUUUUCGCGAGGUAUUCUUCAAGCUUCUCCGUGUCUGCCGCUAGUUAUCCUCGGCUCUCUUUGCAAUGGCGGCGCUGUAAACAACAGCGGCAUCCUGACCAAUCACAAGCUUGCGUAAUCCGUCUCGUUCGACGGAUGUUUAAAAACGUGGGCUCGACUCCGUACGUACUUGCGUGCCUGUUGGAGCCCUAUGCAAGGACGGAUAAUGGCGUUGCGUGUCUCCGCACUGACGCAGACGGAGAAGCAUAAAUCAGGCUUCAGUGGUUAAAUCACCUGUGCAACAGCUCAUCAGGCUCUGCAGAAGCCUGUUGAUCACCUGCUGAUCAAAAUCAGGAGUGUUGAAGCAGAGUUGGAUACCGGCCCUCGAGACCAGGAACUGAAUAGUUCUGACGAAGGGCGCACCGAUAUUCAAGUGUGGACCUUGGCCCCGCCCCUUUGCCCUUCGCCGAAGUUUGUGCACACUUCAGGUUUUGUGAUUAUUUCCCUGUAAAAAUGACUUAUUGCCCCUUUAACCCUUUGAGGUAGAGAUUAGUGAUAGAAAGUCCGUGUUCAGGGUCGAUCCACUACUAUUCGCCAUCUCUGCUUCUCAUUAAACAGAAGAUUCGAGAUCUGCCGGAGGGGGUGUUGUAGAAGAUGAACCAAAGGGAAGAACAAGCAUAAGGAGGAGAAGCUGGCAGCUGUGCCUGUGGACCGAGAAUCAUGGAUUCUGAGUGACACGGCCUCCCUGGACCAUUGUCCAGAAGAAACUACUUUCUGUGAGCGAGAAAUAAACGACAUGUAAAUAUAAAAAAACUGCUCUUUGUUUCGAACACAUGAAUUACACUGAAGAUUGGAGCAAAGUGGCGACUCACGUUUUAAUGAAGCAGAAUUAAACGUUGCUUUUGUAAAAUAUUUAUCAUGUAAUAAAAAAGUGAGUUUUUGUCUUGGA